CUAUUUUUCUUUUGCAGAAACGAUAUCGAUAAUCAGCUGUUUACAACACUACUUUUGGGAGCCAAGAAAGCACGCUGCACGUUUGUUUUGAUUUUCGCUUCAAAUAAAAAUAUUCAAAAAAUGGCAAAGACUAAACGAAAUGUUCGAGCAAAGGCCAAAAGUGUUGUGGGAGCGGCCAAGCAAAAGGCCCAGGAGCUUCAGGCCAAACUACGCCAAGAAAACCUUCUUCACAAAACAUUGACUCCCAAAAGUUCAACCACCAAGAAGGAAAAAUCUGCUUUAAAACACAAGAAACUGCUUAAAAAAUUCGCCGAGACCCGAAAGGAACGUAAGGAAGAGACUGCCCGCAAGAAUCGGGAGAAGACUAAGGUGAUCGGGGAUCUGAAGCCUUUAAAAGAUGCUCUCCCAUCGCUGCAGGACAUUUAUAAUCUGGUCAAGACCAAGCAGAAGGACGCUGCUGAAAAGAUAACGCUCACGGAACCCGAAGCACCUCUCAGUGCGAAUGAGAAGAUCCGGAAGAAGCGCACAGAGGUGGUGAAUCGGGUCAAGUCCUUCGAAAAGGUUAUCAAGGACAAGAAGUUCAAGCAGAAUCCCCGCGAGGUGAUUGCCGCCCAUGUGCGCAACAAGUACCAAGCCAUGGAGGAAGACGACGAGUAGCUAGGAAGUCCG